CAUCCAUCUCCUCUCCAUCUCUCUCUCUGUCGGCAGCAACAAGAAAAAGAAAAGAAAACUCCAACUCCAUGGUAGUAUGUUAAGGAAGAAGAAGAAGGAGCAAGAAAACCAUUCAAGUGUUCAAAAUCCUGAAACCAAAACACAUCAGUCCACUUCUAGGUAAAAUCUGAAAUUUUCCAUUCAUAUUCUCGAAAUACUUUCUGAAGCAAAGUUGUAGCCCCGGACGAUACGAAUCCAGCCCAACAAACGGCUCGCGAUUUCGUUAAGUAACGAAGAAGAUAUGGCCAAAAUACCGGGACUGCGCCAAGGGUGGCGAGCUCCUCGGGUUGGACCAUUUUCUUCACCAAAUUCAUAUUGUCUCAUUCCAAGAACUCACCAUAAACUCUCUAACAAGUAGAACAUCCUGAAGGUAUUGUAGAGAAGGUUCGGUGUUGGAAUAUUGAAGUUAAUGGGUUAAUCGUCGGAACCGUUGUUCACCGGAGUAUUCAAAAUUCUGGACAGCAACUCUCUCCUAACUUCAGGUCCAAUUUACGCUAUUUUAAAUUCAUUAUCUCAAAAUAUUUUCUAUACGAAAGUUAUAGCCUUACAUCUUAGGAAUCCACAGAAUCAAACGGUUUGCAAUUUCGUGAAGAAACGAUGGAGAUAUGCCCAAAAUACCGCAGGCUGUCCAGUUGUGACGGAAAUGACAAAGUUGGCAAAUUUCGAUGUUGUUUCCACUCCCGCUCAUCCGUAAGGUUUCGGCCGAUGAUUUCCAGGUCUGUACCUUUGUGUUAGACUUGUCGAAUCAUUCAUCACAUACGUACAUGAACAUAUAUGUUAAUCCAUUUGUUGAAAUCAUUCUAAAAUAUAUAUGUGAUGCAUAUACAAGUCAUCUAUGUGUUAAGACUAAAAUAUACCAAAUUCAUAAAGUUAAUAUAUAUACAUAAGUAUAUUUAACCAUUUGAAAUCAACCCAACAAUAUGUAUAUGUUAAUCAAAGGUUUUUAAAAUGCUUAAAGAAAUAUUUUGGACACUCAAAAUAUCAAGAGGUAGAUUCGCAGAACCAAACGGUCGAUGCAAACGGUCGACCGUCGUAUUAAAUUUUGAAACGGACCACGACUGUCAGCCAAACGGUCGACCGCCGGUGGCUGACGGUCGAUCGUCGCAUGCCCAGCCGAAGUCCGCCAUUUGCAUCCUGUCAACAACGGUCGACCGCCGGUCAACCGCAGUCGACCGUCACGGUAAUCCGGCAUCUCGAUGCAAAGAAAAUCAAGGUCGACCGCCGUGCUAAACGGUCGACCGUUCCGAGCCCCGUAGCUUAAUUAAAUGAUAUUUUUAUCAGAUUUCAUUCAAAUAAAAUAAAGUAUAUUUAUCCAAUCAUGUUGUUUACAAAUUGUUCAUAUCAUGUGAUUCAUUUCAUCAUCCAUAUUGAAACAUAUCACAUCAUGUACAUGCGCAAGAGAUCAGGCGGAAGUGCGUCUCUUGUAGCGUGAUGUGCGGGACUUUAUAGUCCGACAUCACCCGUUCCGGGCUUAGUGUACGUAGAUGGUAUUCAGAUUUCGAGUACCACCCCUACUUUCUAGUCUCCCUUGAGAGACUAAGGCCCCGUGAGUUCGUCGUAUCAAAUGGGCGAAUCUCAUAGCGCAAGGGUGUCCUUGCUCGUUAGAAUCAUGCAUCAUGUUAUCAUCAUCAAGUACAUCGAUUACAUAGGUGUCAUGUAAUCAUCAUCAAGAACAAGUAUAUUGAUUACAUAAAUAUCAUGUUAUCAUCCUCACAAGCAAAUUGAACAACUGUGCUAUCAUCGGUUUCGCUGAGCGUGUACUUUGUAUUUUUUCGUUGACUACACGUAGGUAACAAGAAGACAUUGAUGGAACCUUUCCCGGAGGGCAUUGAGUCAGAGGAGAUGCAAGGAUGGCAGGCAAUGUUUAGUCAACAGAUUUCAAAAUGUGUCAUGAUUAAAUUAUUAUUGUACUUCCGCAUUACUUUGAAAAUAAUUUUAAUGGGUCGCGUUCCAGAGUCUGUAAAUUUAAAUUUACAAGUAAUUGUCAUUUUCAAAUGUCAAGCGAAAUUUUUAUUUUACUCUCGUUUCACCUUAAUUCGCGUAAUUCCGGGUUAUACGGAUUGGGUGUUACACCUUCAGUAACUCGUGUAAUUUAUGAUGCUCUAAAAACUCUUUUAUGAGUGAAGAAGAUAAGUACUUGGACCAUGUGUUAUGAUGACUAGAUUUGACGGAGAGUAAAAAGAGUUCAAUAAGUUUAAGGCAUCCGAGGGUUAAUCUUAGAUCAGAUAAAAUCAGAUCGAGAAGAAGAAGAUGAUGAUGAUGAUGAUGCGAUGGAUUGGGAGUCACGGUCUGCCAUUGCGCCGUCUCUGUUCAUUUCCGAUUCAAUAUUCCAAACCAUGCACCGGAGCUACUGUCUUUUGCUCUCUCGCCGAGUCGUGGACGUCGCCUUCACCACCUCAAUUAGGGUGUGCGGAAAUGUUGGUCAAGAAUCAUUUAGAAGAGAAUAUCAUAGAUAAGGUAAACCGAUUUGUACAAGGUCAACCAAUUGAGGUUGGCAACAUCGUGGCUGAUUUAAACCAACUAAAAGCUUUAAGGCAGAGUAUGCACCAGCAAAUCCCCUCUUUACCUGACCCGGGGAUUUCUAGGGAACCAUCUCUUCUGACAGGAUUGAACAAGGGAGGACUGGUAGCACCCACUUGCAGAAUAGAAAAAGCCGAUACCAGGGAACAAGUCGCAGUAUACAUUCGUCUGCAUACUCCACUAGUUCCCAAUAUGACACGGAAUGACAUGCGAUGUAGCUGGUUUGCUAUUCCAGCACAACAAGGGGUGAAUGCUGAUGAUGCAAAUGACUUUCUCUCACCAAUCUUUCAGGAGCCUUUGUUAAAAGGUUGUUUCGAGUAUAUACCUGUUGUGGUAGGUUCUCGUCUUUUCAUCAUAGGCGGUAUGGAACUUUCACCGUCAGAGAAAUGUGCACCCACAACUAAAAAUCCGUGUGGUAUGAUGUUUAGGCGUGUGCAUUAUUUAGAUACCCAAAGUGGGGAGAAAAAAUGGGAAGAUGCCCCCACACUUGAGAAAGCACCUCUCGCUUGUUACGUUUUUGCCUUGGAUGGCAAGAUUUAUGUCUUGGGAGAUUAUUGUGGGAACUCAUUUUCUUUGAAAUAUCUUGAUUGCCAUAAUUUGAAUGAAGGAUGGAAGUCUCUGCUAUGCAGUAGUGAUGAGUCACAACAUAGAUUCUUUAGAGUGGUUGCACACACAAUUGAAUAUGAAGUUGUUAAUGAUCCCAGUGUUGGUCAACCAAAGUCUCGUGCUCGGCGUGCCAUCAUGGUUGCAAAUGUCGGCUUAAUCUCCUAUGACUUUGUGACGAAUGAGAUUGAUUUUUGGGAGGGUUCCAUUUGUCAUUGUCCUUAUUUCUCCACCCAUGGUGUUUGUCACAAUGGGGCAUUGUACCUCUUGGCUGGGGAUUAUUAUGAUACUGGUGUCCAGAUGAUGGUUUACGACCUUGAAACGCGCGAAUGGAGCCCCACUCCGGUUAUUGGUUUUGAGAAGCAUAAGAACGCACUUCCUAAAAUCGAUAGUUAUGAGUACUCCGUGGGUGAUAUUUGUCCAGUGUUGCUUCGCUUGGGCAAAGAACGUUUUGGCCUCGUAUGGUUUGACUCCGACCUCAGUAUUUGCUGCACCAAAUUCAACAUUAAAGUGACCCAAGGCCAACAUCGUGCAGAAGAAGUUUCAACCCACGCGUACCAGAUCGGGGACUAUACGAAUAGCUGCUUUAUGGCUGUCACAAUUUGAAGGAAGAUGUUGCUUGCAAAUGAACCCGGGUACUCGAUGAUUUAAUGGCUUGUAACUUUGUAAUGGAUCAUCCACAUGUGUUAAGAGUUUAUUAUUAUGCCGUGUGUACUAAGCCCGAGGCAAAAUCUGGCAGUAGCUUCCUCUAGGUUAACUUGUUCAAAACCUGAUCUACUUAACUACAUGUUAGAAUGCUUUUGUUCAUUAUAUAACCAAGUAUUUAAUACUAAGUCAUUAUUCAUCGAUGAAGGUAGGGAUUCUUUAAACGUGACAUAGAGCUCAUCAA